AUGUCAGGCGCUGCUCUGCAUCCGUCUCGCACGCUGCGCCUGUACGCAAAGACGUUGACUGGGAUGGUGCCACGGAAUGCCGCGUUGCUUCAUGGAAAAAGCGGUGCCGGGAACGACUGGGCUGCCGGCAAUGCUGGUCGUGGGCCUCGUGGCGCUGUCGACGGCGACUGGGAUGCGGGCACUCAACGCAGCGACGCACACGACGCCCUCGUCGAGGGGGACGAGCCGAUGUACCAAGUGUCUGUCGUGCAUGCGGACACUGUGGCGAACCAGGCUACCGCCGCCCUGAGGUCGUUGCUCGGGCACCCACGGUUGUCGUCGUCCGCUGUUGCGGCUGAUGCUGACGGCGAAGACCAGUUGACCAAUGCAGGGGCACCGGCAACUCCGGAGCGUGUCCGUGAUUCAGAUGAGGUGAGGCGUGGUAUGGCUGGGUCUCAUCACCCCGCAGAAAGGGCUGAGCCGGGUUGCGGCGAUGCGGUGGAAGGAGAUUGCGAGUCCAACGGGGAGGAGGAGCUGCUGGAGAACGCCGAGGCCUUUGCGGAUGAAGUGGAGAUGGUGGGGAGGGAGGGGACUGCCGCCAUCACCGCUGUGAAGGCGGCGCCACUGUCAGAAGAGACCAUAGCACAGCUGCAGAACAGCGGCGGUGGACAGCGAGCUGCAAGGUCUGGUGUUAUGCCAUACAGUGCAGGAGAGCCAGUGAACCUGUAUGGGUCACGGUACUGGGGCGACGUAGCCAACGCCCUGCGGAGCGCAGCGGAGUCACGACGGUUUCUCUCGCCCUUCUGGUCGUCGCAGACCGCCUUCGAGAGGGUCGGCGCGACCGUGGUGGUGAAGGAGGAGGAGGGGGUCCUAGUACCCACCACCGUGUCCGUGGCAGUGCGACUCUUCAACCUGGAGCAGACAACCUUGGCCACGGAGUUCCGCGCCGCCACUUUUGUCGAGGUCAUUGCGCGUCUGCGUCAGUUGAGAGGCCAUGAGACCUCGUCGCUGUCGAGGGGCUAUGGGGGCAACAUGCAGCCGCUCAACCUCGCCGGUGGUUCUCUUUCUUACCAGCGCACUUGCGCCAUUUCGGACUCACCACAUUUCACUCGCUUGCAAGCGCAGAGCCCAUGUUGGCUCUCCGAGCAUGAGGUCCAUGCGAUUGGGGCGUCGGUUAGGUCCGAUGAGGUGGAGUUCUACACCCUGGUGCCACUCUCAGCGUUUGCGCCUUUGCAGGAGAGAAGGGCAGCCGCAAGUGCCGGCGCAGGGCUCUCGGGUGACGCACGCGCCGACGCGGCCAACGUCUCGGCGCUUGAUGGAGAGGCCUCUACUGAUACUUCACGUGGCACGACGCGGUACUAUAACGUUGCCCAGCUGGACGACCCUGAGAGGUUUGCGCGGUUGAAUCCGAUGAGGGACCCGCUGGCGCGCUGCUUCGGCUCUCGCGGUUUCCGCUAUGCCUCCACCACCACUUGGCUUAUGUGGGAGUACUGCGCUCGCUACCACUUCCCCUUGACGGGCACACCUCGAAUCAUCUUUCUCACGGCAGAGACGAUUUUUCGACUUGGUGGGCGCGUGGUGCAGACAAAGCGCUACCCCCUCUCGUGCAAGCAGACAUACCGGGUGGAUGACACCACUGCCAGCAGCAGCAGCAGCAGCAGCAGUACCGCCUUUGCAGAUGUGUGGAAGGCACCGCUGUCCACCUCUGCCGCUGCCCCUCCCUUUGAGAAGCACAGAGCGACUUGCCACGGGGAGCUGGAUGUGGCGCCAGCGUGUGGUCGCGUGAACACUCGCACGUGUAGCGGAUUCGGCGUCCGAGGCGAUGCAGAUGGCGCGAACUCCACAGCGGCCGACGCGGGAAUUGUCCCGCCACCGUUCACGAUGGUGAUGCGCGGCGAGGUCGUGAGCCUGUGCAAUGCGCUGCAGACCGACAUUGCCGAUCUCAUUUUCGACCGUGUCUGCGGCUUGUGCGAGCACCAGUCCCGCAAGUGGUGCGUGCGAUUCUAG